AUGUUACCGUCAGUCAUUAUUAUUGUGUUCGGAGCUAAGCGAGUUUACAAAUUCCCUUGUGACAAUGUAAAAAAAGUUAUCCGCCCAAUGGCGAAGCGACAUGCCUGUGAACAAUGUUCGCAUCGUCAAAUUUCUCCGACUAGACGAGCAAGUGUAAACUUAGAUCAAUGGAAUACCUUAAUAUCAAAACACAUUACCACAGCCCUCUCUUUUCUAUCGUCGAAUUCCUUUAUCGUGUUAACGACAACACUGAUAAUAUUCUUCACCUUCCUUCUUCCGGAUUUCUCGGAGCGGAUCGACAAAAGCACCGAAUUAAAGGAAAUGAAGAAAGUUUUGGAUAAGAUCACGGAUGAAAUUACACAAGCCGAAAAAGCGUGUUUUACAGCUGCUGAAGAACUAUGUAAUCUUCAUUAUGUUCUACAAGAUGGUGCGGACGAGCCUAUACCAAAUAACAAACUCGUAGAAAUCGGUUCAGCGUAUGAUACUUUACACAGAGAUGUAAAAGAGAUAGUGAAAAUAGAGCAUUGUAAGAGUUGUUGUCAACACCAACACCAGGAUUUGGACAGGAGGAAGAAACACGACUUAAACGUUGUCGCCAUGUUGAACAAGAAAAAUGUAUGCACAGGCUUACAGACUCGGGAGAACACAGCGUUUAAUGAAUAUUGCUUAACCAAAAAUGCUUCAACGCUCACGAGAUAUCCACUGAAAUCUACAGGUGCUGGUAUCGCGACAAGGAAGGUCCGUAUUUAUAAAGAAGAGUGUACUUGCAGAAACUCCGACCGUAGAAGUUGGAAUGUCUAG